UGCCACAAUUCUUCGAGCUGUAAAUAGGACAACGAUGCCCAAUAUGGUGGAAUCUUCAUCUUGGAUCGUAGUUCAUAAGAUGUACGUCCGUUCGGGUGCCUUUAUUUUCAUUGGACUGAUUCAAGACACUUGCAUAAAGCAUCAUCCGCCAUCUCCAUCCAAAGUAGAUACCGCCUUUUCAGACAUUUUUAGGUUGGGCUCGACUUGUCUAUAG